AUGAAAGAUAUUCCUUAUGCAUCAAUAGUUGGGAGUCUUAUAUAUGCCCAAACAUGUACAAGGCCAGACAUCAGUUUUGCUGUUGAUUCAGAUUAUGCUAGUUGUGUGGAUACAAGAAAUUCCAUAUUUGGAUAUUUGUUUCUAUUAACUGGAGGAGCAAUAUCAUGGAAGAGUGCGAAGCAGUCUAUUAUAGCUGCAUCCACUAUGGAAGCUGAGUUUGUUGCAUGUUUUGAGGCCACAGUCCAGGCUAAUUGGCUGCGAAACUUUAUUUCAGGACUUGGACUAGUCGACAAUAUAGUCAGGACACUGAAAAUUUAUUGUGAUAAUACUGCCGCAGUUUUUUUUCUCCAAGAACGAUAA